AAAUAAGGGGGCGGGGCCCGCGUGUGGCAGCGAUGACGUGACGUAAGGUCCAGCCUUGCGGAGAGAGCGCAACAAACAUGGCGACAGAGCGGAGCGGACAGGGGUGUCUUCUAACUUUCAUCGUGUUCCUUUGGAGCUCUGUCGGCGGGCGGACGGAGACGUCGAGCCCCAGUUCCAGCAGUCAGAUCCUGGGCAUGCGGCUGGAGAGGAGCGACAAAGCGGCCAGCACGACAGAGGACGGGGUCAUCCAGGUAACGGAGGAGAGCAGCGUCGUGCUCAGGUUUUAUGGGGUGUACCUGAGCUCGGACGCAGCAUCCCACAUCAGGUUCACCGAGUAUGUGGAUACGGGGGACAGUGACGAAUUAAACAGGACUUGUGAGGAUUUCACCAAAGACCUGAGCAUCAGCACCUUCAUGAACGUGAGCAAUAGAGGGACGUCAGGUCUGGUGAGUGUGUAUGUGAAGCCACUGCGUAAGAGUGAACGAGAAAAGACCUACAGCCUAUGUGUCAGGCAGGGUUUGGGAGACAAAUGGGUCCAGUUGGGUGAAAAUGAUGGAAGAUUGUUAGUCAUAGAGGAGAAAGAAACUUUUCUACCUCUUUGGUUCCAAAUCAUCCUGAUUUCAGGUUUGCUGGUGCUGUCCGGCAUGUUCAGUGGGCUCAACCUGGGGCUCAUGGCGUUGGAUCCAAUGGAGCUUCGCAUUGUACAAAGCUGUGGAACUAAUAAGGAAAAGAAGUAUGCGCGAAAAAUCGAACCCAUUCGACGCAAGGGCAACUAUCUGCUUUGCUCUUUAUUGUUGGGUAACGUGCUGGUCAACACAACUUUGACGAUCCUGCUAGAUGAUUUGAUUGGGUCGGGGUUGGGAGCCGUGGUGGCAUCUACUGUUGGCAUUGUCAUAUUUGGUGAAAUCGUGCCACAAGCGCUGUGCUCACGCCAUGGUUUGGCCGUAGGCGCCAACACCAUCGUGUUGACCAAAUUUUUCAUGCUCCUGACCUUCCCAUUGUCAUUCCCCGUCAGUAAACUCUUGGACUGCAUUCUCGGGCAGGAAAUUGGCACCGUCUACAACCGUGAGAAGCUGGUGGAGAUGCUGAAGGUCACCGAACCCUACAACGACCUGGUGAAAGAAGAACUGAACAUCAUACAAGGUGCUCUGGAACUCAGAACCAAGACGGUUGAGGAUGUGAUGACGCCUCUGAGCAACUGCUUCAUGAUUCACAUUGACGCCGUGCUUGACUUUAAUACCAUGUCUGAGAUCAUGGAAAGCGGCUACACACGGAUACCCGUGUAUGAUGCCGAGCUCUCCAACAUCGUGGACAUCCUGUACGUCAAAGACCUGGCCUUCGUUGACCCCGACGACUGCACCACGCUUAAAACGGUCACCAAGUUCUACAACCACCCGGUGCAUUUCGUCUUCCACGACACUAAGUUGGAUGCCAUGUUGGAGGAGUUUAAGAAAGGUAAAUCCCACCUGGCCAUCGUUCAGAAGGUGAAUAAUGAGGGCGAAGGAGAUCCGUUCUACGAGGUUCUGGGUCUGGUCACGCUGGAGGACGUCAUUGAGGAGAUCAUCAAAUCUGAGAUCCUGGACGAGUCUGAUCUCUACACUGACAAUAGUAACAGAAAGAAAGUGGAUCCCAACAAGAACAAGAGGGACUUUUCUGCUUUCAAACAUGAGAGGGAAUCCCAAGUCAAGAUAUCGCCUCAACUAAUGCUAGCAGCGCAUCGUUUCCUCGCUACUGAGGUGAGCCUUUUCAAUCCGCUCCAGAUUUCAGACAAGGUCUUACUGCGUAUCCUCAAGCACCCGGAUGUCAUUCAGGAGAUUAAGUUCAACGAGAACGACAAGCGCUCGCAACAGCACUAUUUAUAUCAGCGCGGAAAACCUGUCGACUUUUUCGUCCUUAUCCUUCAGGGUCGGGUGGAAGUUGAGGCUGGAAAUGAGAAUAUGAUGUUUGAGACGGGUCCUUUCUCUUAUUAUGGAGUCAUGGCACUGACUACAUGCCUGGCUGUCACCCCCCCUCUCUCUCCUUCCGUGGUGUCGCCUCAUCCGCGCCGCCUUUCGCUUAAGAGGUUUUCUCUGUUCUCGCGUUUCCCAGAGUUUCGCUCCCCGUCUCACGUGAGUGGUCUGAACCGCUCGGCGUCUCUGAGCUGCACGGAGAGAGUCGACUCGGUGUCCAUCAUCGGCAGUAACAGUCAGCUCAAUAACAGCCCCGUGGCACAGUACGUCCCUGAUUUUAACGUGCGGGCCCUCACUGACCUGCAGUAUGUGAAGGUCACUCGUUCGCAGUACCAAACCGGCCUCCUGGCUUCAAAACUGGACAGCAUGCCCCAGUCCCCUGAGAGCAGCCAUAUCCGUCUGGAUCCCGGCCCUCUUCCACCUCUGACCCCUCCCAUGUCCUCCACCGCGAACCACACCACAGCGCCGCCGGCACCCAGAGAGAACGGGCCGGAUGAGACAACCACGCUGCUCAACGACAAGAACAGCCUGUCCAAACGCCGUCCGAGCCACAUCCACCCUCAGAACCAGCCGCACCUGAACACCAACUCCAACUCCAGCCCCGCCCCCCAUCCCCACGGCAACAGCAGCCCGACGCCCCUCCCCAACCCUCACGCGCAUCACAUGCACACGUUCACGCACGCGCACACCGAGAGCACCAUUUGACGACACUAAUCUGGGGCUCAGAGAGCUCCAGAGCUGACCGAAGGCGAUCGCACAAGCACAAAUACACUCUUUCUCUCGAUUCGAGAGGACAAAGGCGUGUUAAAAAACUCCAAAAAGGUGCGUCGUCUUCAACAUUGAACGUGAUCUCACUGUGAUUUUAGGGGCUGCGGGUUCAGCCCGACAUUGAGGUGUUUAGCUAUGCAGACUGUUAUGCCUGCUAUUGCAUGCUUAUCAUGUAGACACUCUCUCAAAGCUUUCAGCAUUGGUAUGCAACAAAUACCGUUUAAAGGCAUUAUACAAUUUCAUCAGUAUCUAACAGAAUUAUUGAACAAUAUGCACUUUUUAUAAUGUCUCUGACCCAGCAGCAUACAUUUGAGUGCUGUAGUUUUCUGAGAUUUUGACCAUAAGAGCACUUUGAGUCUCAUAAGCUAUUAUUGGACUGAACUAUCCUUUUAGCACAAACAAAGACAGUUCUGGUCGAGUUUUCCUGCUGUAUAGUACUAUAUGAUUUUGACAGCGUUCUUUCAAAGUCGAACACAUCAAGCCAAGGUGUUUUGGUAAUUGUGGUUAUGUGAUGUAGCUGUAUGUGGCGCAAUCAUAGCUCUACGUGACAAACGUGAAGGGAAACUUUGUAAAUAUAGUUUGAAGACGUGAAAUUUGCAGACGCAGAUAUGGUUUGGAAAACCCGACGUGGUCAGUUAGUUAGUGCUCAAAACAAACAUUUGUAACAAAAAAACAAAAUGAGCAUUGACCACUGCAUAUUCAGAUCUGUGAUAAAUGAUUCAAAACAUGAUAUAAUA